GUGAAAGCACCAAUAUGGCGGGAUGCAUGAAAAUGAAGGAAGAGUUUCAUUUUGCAAACAUUGGAACAAGAAGCGUCGUGUUUACUGCUUUGUUUCUUCUUCAGCUUUUUGACCACGCAUUCGCUACCCGCAGUAUUAUCAGUGUUAAAGAUGGGCAGGUGGUGAAGUUCUUGGAAGCUCAGCACUUCUGCUACAUCAACCCAACCCCUGCUCCUGGAUGGAGGGAAACCUGGACAAGGAUCCAGGUGAAAGUGUGGAGCUCCAAGGAGCUGAAGGUAACGGUUGUAAAGGAUGAAGAGGAGCUGGAGGAGCUUGAACAUCUCAGUUUUUGGUCCAUGGUGCAGCACUGGAUCCACGAGCAGACGAACGAGACCAGCGUGAGCAUCAGCCUUUUCAGUGAGAAGACCUGCUUCCGCGUGGAUCCUUCAGAUCCCUUCGUGUCCUACACAAUAAAAUCCAGCCGGAGAUUUGAUGUCUACUUGUUUCUGGUGUUCCUGGCUGGAGUCCUGCUGUUCUUCUUUGCAGAUUCGCUCAGCAGGAGUCAGGUGUUCUAUUACUCAGCAGGAAUGAGUACAGGCAUGAUCGCCUCCCUCAUCAUCCUCAUCUUCAUCCUGGGACGUUUUUUACCAAAGAAAAGUCCUUUCUAUUUGCUGGUGGUGGGAGGCUGGUCCUUCUCUUUGUACGUCAUCCAGCUCGUGUUUAAGAACCUGCAGCUCAUCCUCAAAGAGCACUGGCACCUGGCUAUAGGCUACACCGCAGUGGUGGGCUUCAUCAGCUUCGCUGUGUGUUACCGCCACGGGCCGCUGGUGGAGGAGCGCAGUAUUAACAUCCUGUCCUGGACACUGCAGAUAUUCGGCAUGCUGCUGAUAUACGCUGGUAUUCAGGUUCAGCAGGUGGCGCUAGCAAUCAUGGUGGCUGCUUUCUGCGCCAAGAACCUGGAGUACCCUGUGACCAUGGCGUUUAGUCUGUACGAGAAGCUGAAGCCGAAGCUGGGCUGGAAACUGGAGGCUCGGCGCCUGUUGACAGAAGAGGAAUACCAAAAACAGGCUGAGGUGGAGACUCAGAAGGCUCUGGAGGAGCUGAGGAAGCAGUGCAGCAGUCCUGAUUUCAGCACGUGGAAAACCGUGUCCAGACUGCAGUCUCCCAAGAGGUUCGCGGACUUCAUCGAGGGCUCUCCACAUCUAAUGCCCAACGAAGUCUCAGUCCAUGCCCAGGAAUACGGUUUGGGCGGAUCACUGUUCGAGGACGAGCUGUUCUGCACAGACGAGGAAGACGAAGGAGAAGCGUGGGAGACCGAGGAGGACGAGAACCCGAACAUGUGUUCACCGUGGAGAAACGGGGAGAGAAAGAACUGAGGAGGGGAAAUAAAACUGCUCGAGGUGCUGAAGAGCUCCUGACUCUCAAAACCACCAGGACACGAAUGUGACGAAGCAAAGCAAAGCCAUACAUGAGGUAUGACCCAGGAACGCAGCGAUGAUUGAUUGAUUGAUUAAACCAGCUUAGAGACGUUUCAGCACUGAACUUUUUAACGUCAGAGUUUGUUUUCGACGUCAGAGAGAACGACCAGUGGAUUUGAUUUUCCUAAACGAGGGGUUACAGAUAACAUUCACACAUCUGUGUUGUAAGAUGAUCUGAGACUAUUUUGCAGGUUGGUGACACUGUAGCGUGUGCAUCACACAGCUUUCAGGGGUUUUCUUUCUUUGGUUUGGCGUGGUUUUUUUUUUUUUUUUUUAAAUAAAUGAUUUAUUCUUCUGAAUUGUUUUUUAUACCACAGUCCUGUCGCAGGUAUAUUUUUGCUGGGGUAGAUGACUUGAGAACUUUAUUUACUGGCUGGAGUGCAACAUUUUUUAAGAAUUAAAAUAA